UGCAUUGCUGACGCCAACAGUCUGCAAAAAGCCAGCUCCGGGCCCGCUCUCCCUGAUUCUGUCACCAUGGUUGAAGAAAAGAAAGGGCCAGUUGCUAAGAAGGGCGCUAAGAAAGCGGUGAAGAGGGCGCCAGCGAAAGGCAGCAAGAAGAGGCGAAAGUCCAGGAAAGAAAGUUACUCCAUCUACAUCUACAAAGUGUUGAAGCAGGUUCACCCCGACACCGGGAUCUCCUCCAAGGCCAUGAGUAUCAUGAACUCGUUCGUCAAGGAUAUUUUCGAGCGUAUCGCAGGGGAGGCUUCCCGCUUGACCCGUUACAACAAGCGCAGCACCAUGAGCUCCCGGGAGAUCCAGACUUCCGUACGCCUGCUGCUGCCCGGGGAGCUGGCCAAGCACGCCGUGUCGGAGGGCACAAAGGCGGUGACCAAGUACACCAGCUCCAAGUGAAACGCCACUUGGCACUGAAAAACCCAAAGGCUCUUUUAAGAGCCACCCACAAAUUCCCUUAAACAGCUGAACCAUCGUGUCUCUAAUUUGCUUCGCAGUUGCUGCAGGGAAAUAUUUAACUUCCAUUCUUUUUUUAAAAUGAUCUGUAAAUUAAUGUGUGCUUUAUUGAGUGAAAAUUGCCCAUCUACUUUCAUUUUCGAAAGAAACAUCGUCUCGUCUCACCUUUUAGAAUGUGCCCCUGUCUUCAAAUGCCCAUCCCAUGGAAAAGACACCUGGCCGCUCACCUUACCUAUCCCCCUCAUGAUUUUAAAAACCUCUAUAAAAUGACUCUACGACUUCCGAGUCAUUUCUCAGUGACAUUGUUCAAAUCACCCUUUGCUGGAUACCGCUGAGAUAUGAACUCCCCCGUCAAACAAAAUAAACCUGUGCCCACAUUUGAUUCCCCCCGGUUGAAAGAGUUCGCGCGCCGUGAGGAAUUUCCCAAUUACUCUACAGCUUCUGUCCGAUUUUGCAGAAUAUUGUAAAUGAGCCUUCCUGUUGUUGGUGAGAGACUGUAAAAAUUAACCGAGAUAAAACUUGAACAGUUGUCGGACUGGUGUGCAAGCGCGGAAUUAUUCAGGUCUGCUAUAAAAAGGGCCGCUUUAUAAUAUUGUUUAAAGCAUUAAUACGCUCACCCGGAUGAACGUUGAGAUGUUUUAUCACUAUGUCGGGGUGCUCUUGAAAUGCGAAAAAAAAUGAAUAUGUACAGAGGGCAGUUUGUGGCGCUUUUUUUACGUUUCCGCCUUUUUUUACAGUUAAAAAAAUCCCACUCAGGAUCGGAAAUGGGCAGAGUGAAGUAGACGAGGGAAUGAGAUUUUUAAAAAUGUGUGGAAUAUCCAUUCGUAACCUAAAAGUAAAUUACCUCGUUAAAAACACUUAUGCCUUCCACUUUGUAAAACUUCUUCCUUUUUUUGUACAUAUUGGCGGGCUUUUCAAAUUUGACGGAAAGCAGUUGAUCAUUUUGCGGAAUAGCGAAUUAAGCAAUGACGUGAGGGUUAGGGCAUGGUUUAAGGCUUCUGUCACUGUUUGGGUUAGGGUUAUGGUCAGGGCUAGGGUUAGGUUUAGAUUGAGGUUUACGUUUGGGGCUAAGAUUACGGUUCCACCGAGGGUUCGCGCGAUAAGGGAGGGUUAUG